AUGGGCAUCCUCCUGAAACCAUUUCUAAACUAUAUCAAAAGUUAUAUUAGAGAUAACUUAGAUAUGUUGAAUCACCUACCAGAAAAAGUCAAGGAAGAAACAGUCUUGGUUAGAUUUGAUGUGAUAAACCUAUACACUAACAUAUCCCAUAACUAUGGAAUAGAAGCGACCCAGGACUGGCUGGACAAAUAUCCAGAAGAAACACCAGGACGGAUCAACAAAGAUUUCAUAAUCGAAUCAAUAACAGUCAUCCUUCAAAGCAAUCACUUGAUGUUUGAUACGUCUGUUUAUCGGCAAAAACCCGGAAUUGCCAUGGGAACGAGGGCAGCCCCGACAACUACCAACCUAACAAUGAGCUAUUUAGAAAUAACAAUAUAUCAGUAG